UUUUAACGGAAGUCGUUACGUCUGCACCGGCUGUGUCGUUACGAUGUAAUUUUUGUUUCAGUAUCAAAGUUCGCUGCGAAAAAGGACUGCGGGGUGUACCACUGAAAAGAUUGUGACAGAUUACCAUGAUGCAGCAGCUGAGAGUGGCGGUGGUGGGGGCCGGUGCUGCUGGUCUGUGUGCCGCACGUCACAUUCUGGCCCGCCCAGACACCUUUGCCCCACCUGUGGUCUACGAGCUCACAGAACACGUGGGAGGCACCUGGUUCUAUGAGGAACGCACUGGUAGCUAUGACAACGGACUGCCCAUUCAUAGCAGCAUGUACAGAAACCUCCGAACCAACCUUCCCAAGGAGGUGAUGAUGUUCCCUGACUUCCCCUUUGACUCCCAGCUGCCCUCCUUCCUCCCACACGAGGAAGUACAGAGGUACCUAGAGAGAUACUGCCAGUGCCACCUCAUCACACCCCACAUCAGGUUCAGCACCGUGGUGGAGGAGGUAAGGCCUAUCACUGAGGAGACAGAGAAGGGAGUAAUGACGACCUGGGAGGUGACAUCGCAAGACAAGUCAGGAUCACAGGAAACUCAAACUUUUGAUUCUGUUUUCAUCUGCAGUGGGCACUACUCUGACCCCUACAUUCCCUCUAUUCCUGGGAUAGAGCGAUUUAAAGGCAAAGUGAUCCACAGUCACUCAUACCGUCACCCAGAGCCUUUCUCAGGUCAGUCCGUGGUGGUGCUGGGUGCAGGGGCCUCAGGAUUAGACAUUUCACUAGAAUUAGGUCGAUCCAAUGCCCAGGUGACUCUGAGCCAUGGUAAGCCCACCCUGCCCUUCCCUCUGCCCUACGGGAUCCACCAGGCCACCCCCGUGGUGGAGGUCCAGGAGGAUGGGUCUCUGCGGUUCCAGGAUGGGGCCAUUACCCAGGCCCAGGUCUUGAUGCUCUGUACUGGCUAUAAAUUCAGCUACCCUUUCUUGAAGCCUGCCCAGCUGGGCCUGGAGAUCCAUGAUCACCUGGUAACCCCGCUUUACAAGUUCCUGAUGCCUCCAGCGUUCCCAUCACUCUUCAUCAUUGGCAUCUGCAAAAUGAUCUGCCCUUUUCAACAGUUCCACUGCCAGACCCAGUUUUCCCUGGCAGUGCUGGAGGGCUCUGUCACCCUGCCGUCGCAAGCUGAGAUGGAAGAGGAGGCGGUGAAAGAGAUGGAGAGAAAGGUGGAGUGGGGAGUGAAGCCGCGAAACAUGCUGAAGAUGGACAAGGACCAGUGGAGUUACGCCCGGACCUUGGCUCAGAUGGGGAAGUUCCCCCCGCUGACCCCAGUCACACAGAGCCUGUACGAGGAAGUGUGGAGGCAGAAACAGGCUCAUCCACAGAUUUACCGGCACGUGAACUAUCGACUCGUUAGUGACACCCAGUGGGAGCAACAGGAUCGGCAGGCUGGUGAAUAAGAAGAGGGUUGCAAUGGUUGAGAUAGGAGGAAAUAACUGAGAAGUGGUGGACAGUAUGAUGUAUUGCAGGCCUUCUGAAAAGUUAUUUGGACAUAAUAUGUGAUCAAACGUGAGUGUUUUACUCAUCUACAAACCUUAUUAUAAUGUUAAUAACACCUUGGUUCACUUGUAUGGACAACAGAUUCCUUUUGUGUAAUUAUUUAUUGAUUAACCUUCUUUUUGAAAUAUUUAUACCAAGAACCUUUUUAAUUCAAUUUUUUUAAUGUUGCAAUACACAAAUAUGCCAUGGACACCUACCAUUUAAUCAUUGCCAAUUAAUAUUUUAAGCUAUAUGUAAUUUCACUUUUAGAAUAAAAAUGAUGUGAAUUGA